GCCAAACCAGCUGGCAGUUUGAAUUGAUAUUCUGAUCUAAUACUGUACUCCAAACCCCGACCUUUAAACUCAGGUUUAGUCCUCUAUUUUUUUUGUAGUAGUAGUCUUUCAGUGAGCUUCUCAAUCCAAAACCAUCAUGCAAGAUCUGGACAAACUCUCAAGAACUCUUCACUGUGGAAGAACACACCUUCAAAUCUGCAGCCUGUGACUGUUUAACCUUCUUCUCUGAGCGACUUUAAUCAGUUUUACCUUUACACAUCAUGCGAAGCUGCAGCGGCAGGUGACGUAGACGUUUGACUUGGUUCACGAGUUGGUGAAGCCGCUGAGGGAAGCUGUUCACCGAGCUCCUGUGGUCGGGUCUCCUCACCUUGAUUUGCACACCCACUCUCCCCCCGGAGCCGGUGCAGAGCACAUCAGAGCGGGGCAGGGCCGAGCCUCUAUCCGCGCGGUGCCCCCAGCGGCGGACAGGAUGGGCUCCCUGACGUUGACACCGGGAGCUCUGCUCACUUGGAAAGCCACGAUUUUCCUCUUCAACAUUAUCGCAGCCGCUGUGGCCAAAAGACACGUCGUGUACUGGAAUUCUACGAGCACGAGGUUAACGGCAGGAGAUCUGUCAAUCCAGGUGAAUCUGAACGACUACCUGGAUAUCUACUGUCCCCACUACCCCAACAAGGAAACCGUGGGGCCUGGGCAGCCUGAGACACUGGCCCUCUACCUGGUGGGAGAGGCUUCGUUCCAGGGCUGUGUGGAGACCAGGGGGGCUAUCAAGAGAUGGGAGUGUAACAAACCCUUUGCUCCAUUUGGACCAGUGCGCUUCUCUGAGAAGAUCCAAAGGUUCACACCCUUCUCGCUGGGGUUUGAGUUUCUGCCAGGGCACCACUACUACUACAGCUCUCUACCCACAGAUGAAGGCCCUCCUCUGCCAUGUAUGAAGUUGCGUGUCACCGUGUGCUGCGAGCCCACAUCAGAGGGUUCAAAACAAAUACAAGUAACUGCACCUCAAAGUUGUGCUUGCUCACUGAGGACAGCUUCACUUCCACUCCUCCUCAUGCUCGCCCUCCUCCGGCUGUCUACCUGACCUCCCUGUCCGUCCUCACCGCUGACCUCGCACCUGUUCUUCUCCUUGGGAUCGGGAGUUUUAACUCAGACAUUCAAGUACACAAUGAAAUCUACACUCAAGAUGAUGAAUGACACAAUGCAAUCCAUGCUAAGCUAUUGCAAAUGACACAUAUUACUUUGUGGCUGUUUCUACCUGUGAAAUUCCAGAAAGAAUCGGGUGUCUUCUCCAAAAUGGGGCCAUAGUGACUCAGGGACUGACACACCGAAUCAUGGUGAUUCAUUUCUUGUUAUUUUAUUCUCCAACCUGUUGUGUAAGUAGUAGCGUGGAAUAUUACACAUAGAGCUAGGCCUUGUCAUAAGACUCAUGUCCCACUCUUCCUCUGCCAGAAGAACAAUGAGUCUGUCGGGACUUGUUCCAACAAAGUUUUCUCACCUUUUCAUCUCUUGUUUCUCAUCCCGUUUCUCAGUUUCUACUUAUUUUGUUGUAUUUGCUUCUGUUUGAGAACCUGCCUCCAGUUGAAAAUUGGCCAAAUACACACAUACUACUGCACUGAGUGGCUCAGGUUGGAGGUCAUUCAGUUAGCUGGUGACUUUUUUUUUUGGUCUUUUCUAACAUGCUGUAUGUGACCUGACGCAAAUGACUUACUCAUUUUCGUAACUGCCUCAUUUGCAUCUGCGUUUGAUAAAUGUGUCAAACCUUUAUAACUAAUUAGAUUUUUGGGGUAAAAGUGGCAUUUUAGGAGAAAAUAGGGAAUCUUCUGGAACAGUCAGGCAAGGCUGCUGCGCCCCCUACUGGGAUUAAACUGGUUUAACUGGAACUGGACUGGGUUGGCCUAAACCCAGAAACUGGACACUAGAUUGUGGUGGUGUAUGGUAAUAAUGGGACCUGGGACUAAGUUUGUUCCUCUCUGAUUGGACCCCCCUGUUGUUCUGCCUCCCCACCCCUCUCUCUGCUUCAGAAUGAAACGCAGAACAGGGGGGUUUAUGGGUAAAUGGAGAGCAUCAUUGUGUCUGUCUUCACUGAACACACUGCAGACCACUGAGGAGGCGUAUGGUUGAUGCUCUUGUUGACCUACCAGGUGUGCGGAUAUACACAUUUUUUAGGUUUUUUUACACAGGAUCUUGAUGAUUUUAGGUUUUACUGUAUAGUUAAUAUAUUCUGCACAAUGACAUAUAUUAACUAUAUUGUUCAGUAGUUUCGUAAGAGAGAUCUCUGAUAUUUAAGUGCAAAAGUCUGACAAAAA